UCCCAAAAAGUGUAGCACUUGAUAACACGCUGGUGUUUCGAGGUUCAGGCGACUUUCUUUGUCCGUUCUCUAUCGAGUCAACUCACCCUCCUUUUCCCUCGCAACACCUCGAGGUCUGUCCUUCUUUACCACUCAGGUCGGCAGAUUGCUUAUAUAAAGUCUCUUUCCUUUUUUUUUUUUCUUUUUCUUUUUUAUAUUUGCAGGAAGAGAGACAAGAUGUUAUUCCAUACAGCGGCCCUCGUGGUCCUUCUAGCUCUGGUCCAGCUAGCUGUAUGCGCCCAAGACUAUUACAAGGUUCUCGGUGUAGACAGGCAAGCAGGGAAGAAGGAAUUAAAGCAAGCAUAUCGUCAAUUGUCGAAGAAGUUCCAUCCAGACAAGAAUCCUGGCGACGAUACAGCACACGAUAAGUUCGUCGAAGUUUCCGAAGCCUACGAUGUCUUGAGCGAUGAGGAAAUGCGCAAAGUCUACGACCAAUACGGCCACGAGGGUGUUCAACAGCGCCGCCAAGGAGGAGGUGGUGGUGGUGGUCAUGAUCCCUUCGAUCUCUUCAGCCGCUUUUUCGGUGGUCACGGCCACUUCGGACGAGCAUCUAGCGAACCCCGAGGACACAAUGUCGAAGUCCGUGUCGAAAUCUCCCUUCGCGACUUUUAUAACGGCGCCACCACCGAGUUCUCCUGGCAGAAGCAACACAUCUGUGAAGCUUGCGAAGGCACUGGAAGCGCAGAUGGACAAGUUGAUACCUGUCAUACUUGUGGCGGUCAUGGUGUACGCAUCGUGAAGCGCCAGCUCGCUCCUGGAAUGUUCCAGCAGUUUCAGCAAAGAUGCGAUGCUUGUGGCGGUAGGGGCAAGAACAUCAAGCACAAGUGCAAGGUCUGCCAGGGUGAACGGGUUGAGAGGAAGGCGACGACUGUUCAACUCAACGUCCAGCGUGGAGCUGCUCGCGACUCCCGCGUUGUCUACGAGAACGAAGCUGAUGAGAGUCCUGAUUGGGUCCCUGGCGACUUGUUGGUGACAUUAUCUGAGAGGGCUCCAUCAUAUGACAAUAAUCCCGAUAAGGCCGAUGGCGCAUUCUUCCGUCGCAAGGGUAAUGAUCUGUACUGGACCGAGGUUCUCUCUCUUCGGGAAGCCUGGAUGGGCGGCUGGACUCGCAACCUCACUCAUCUCGAUAACCACGUCGUGCGGUUAAGUCGACCCCGCGGUAAGGUCAUCCAGCCCGGCCAUGUCGAGACUGUGGCUGGAGAGGGUAUGCCCAUCUGGCACGAGGAUGGCGACAGCGUGUACCACAAGACCGAGUUCGGAAACCUAUACGUCGAGUACGCAGUCGUACUGCCCGAUCAGAUGGACUCCAACAUGGAAAGCGAUUUCUGGAGCCUCUGGGAGAAGUGGCGACUCAAGAGCGGCGUCGAUCUACAUAAAGACAGCGGACGACCAGAGCCAGCGCACACUAGAGACGAGUUAUAAUGAGUAAAAGGUGAUCGGCGUCGAGGAUGAGGAGUUAGUUGUAUGAUUUAUAAGAAGGGGGCUAUAUAUAUUAGUGUCGAUACGAAAGGAUACCAAUGGCAUGUUUCAGAAUAUUAUAGACGUUAUGGAAAUGUGUUUUAAAGUAUCGGUUACAAGAUGCUUAAGGGUCUGUUGGGGUAAGAUCCAGGAACCGGAACAAAACCUCCAGUAAAUGACGGCGGUAAUGACGUGCCCCACAGAAUGUAACAUCGACUUACAAGGAAACACCCAGAACAAUCCAACAAUCUCACAGAAGUCAAAACCUCAUAUCAUACAAUCACAUACCGAAAAGAACCAAUCCUCCAAUCAACUAUAUCUUGAAGCUUAAGCGAAACUUCUACAACAUCCUUGUUCUAACUAAUGUGGCUUAGACCUCUCCAUAAAUGAAGCCAUCAC